AACGUCUAGUAACAUCGAUAUCAAGCAAUGCUUCCUCGUUGUGAAUGUGUGUUUUGAGCCUGUGAUCAUACGUUAACAUUUUUUAUUGCGUGUUUCAAUUUAUAAUUGCUGCAGGAGGCACUGCCAAUAAUGAGUGAGGAGAAAGAAACCAAAGAAGAGGCCGCACAGGAAUUCCGGAUUGACCCGGAGUCUGAGCUCCGCUUUGAAGUAGAGGGAAAAGAGAAGGUCACCGUUGAGCUGAAGUCUGGCCUCGCUGAAAUAUUUGGUGUCGAGCUGGUGAAAAAUAAGAAGUUUACAUUUGGACCUGGAGCCAAAGUUGCAGUGUUCACGUGGCAUGGAUGCACGCUGGAGCUCUCUGGAAAGACAGAAGUUGCCUAUGUAGCUAAGGAAACACCAAUGAUAUUCUAUGCCAACAUCCACGCAGUACUUGAACAAAUGCGACAAAAGUGUGAAGAGGAUGAUUCCAAGGGACCCACAGUAUUGGUUGUUGGACCCACAGAUGUCGGCAAGAGCAGUCUCUGUCGAAUACUCCUAAAUUAUGCAGUUCGUCAAAGUCGACGGCCAAUCUUUGUGGACCUUGAUGUCGGCCAGGGCCACAUAUCUAUACCUGGAACAAUUGCGGCAAUUUUGGUGGAGAGACCAGCAGAUGUUGAAGAAGGCUUUUCUCAGCAGGCCCCCCUCGUCUAUCAUUAUGGCCAUAGUACUCCAGGGACCAAUGCCACACUGUACAAUGUUCUUGUUUCUCGACUUGCGGAGGUCAUCAGCCAGCGUGCUGAGAGCAACAAGAAAGCUAGCGUCAGUGGCAUCAUCAUUAACACCUGUGGUUGGGUGAAAGGAGCUGGCUACAAGGCUAUUACUCACGCUGCUCUUGCUUUUGAAGUGGAUGUUGUCCUAGUGCUGGAUCAGGAGCGGCUGUACAACGAACUAGUCAGAGAUAUGCCAGGUUUCGUCAAAGUGGUGUUCACACCAAAGUCUGGAGGUGUUGUAGAGCGCAGCAAGUCUAUGAGAUCAGAAUCCAGGGAUUCGAGGGUGAGAGAGUACUUCUAUGGCUUCAGGACACCUCUGUAUCCACACUCUUUCGAUAUCAAAUUUUCUGACAUCAAACUGUACAAGAUAGGUGCACCAUCUUUACCUGACUCCUGCAUGCCACUAGGCAUGAAGGCUGAGGACAACUUCACAAAGCUAGUACCUGUUCCACUGGGACCAAAUGUGCUGCACCACAUACUGAGUCUCAGCUUUGCAACUAGCAGUGAUGAGGAUAUUCUACAGACUAAUGUGGCUGGCUUUAUCUGUGUAACGGAAGUGGACAUGGAGCGGCAAACACUGACAGUACUCUCACCACAACCAAGGCCUCUGCCGAAGGGAGUGUUGCUCUUGAGUGAAAUUCAGUUCAUGGAUUCACACUGAUUAAUUCACUCUGCUUUGUUGAUGGAUUACACAGCUCACCUUUUAAAUAAAUCAUCUCAUCAUUGUUCUCA